AUGCACCCCCAACCAGCCACUCAGCACUCAAGAGAGCAGGGCUCUGGUCCUCAGUCAGCCUAUCUAGCCCCAAGGCCCGAAGUGGUCUUUGGAGAAGUUUCCGAGAAGACUGCUUGGAGGCGUGGGGCAGAACAGCUCGCCCGAGCAGGCUGCUCACACAUACUCUUGCUCCCCAGCAGUGCCCCUGGCUCGCCUUUAUCAUUCUGGACAUUGGGGCUUGAGAGGCAAGGGCGCAGCCCGAGUCACCCCGGUCCUCGUGGCUACGCUCCGGGCAUUCGUGCGCCUGACAAGGCCCGCCCGGCCCUCGCCCUGGAGGCCUUUGGGUGCCUGGCCUGGGGCUACGCCAGCCGCCUGUGGGAGCAGCUGCGGCAGUUCUGGAUCGACCACUGCUCGCGGCGCUUCUCACCGCGACGCCCGCCGCUGCGCCGCAUCUCCUCCAUGUCUACCUUCUACCUCUUGGACCACCAGACGCGCCAGGCGGAACUAGGCCUCAGCUACGGCCCGCCGCGCACGCGCCUGAGCGACGAGGCCUUCGUGUUCCGCGGCGGACGGUGGACCGCCGAAGGCCAGCCAGUGUGGUCGCCGCCGCAGCUGCCCUCGCAGACCAUCGCCGGCUGGAAGGCACAGAUGCAGCGAGUCAAAAGCCAAGUGCUGCUGGAGGAGAACAACUACCUGAAGCUGCAGCAGGAACUGCUUAUGGACAUGCUGACGGAGACCACAGCCCGAAUGCACCUGCUGGAGAAGAAGCUCGACCACGGGGCAAGCCCGGCUGCCGCGGCGUGCGCCUGGCAAAGGAAGACGCGCAAGCGCGAAGGCGCGGGCUGCCUGCCCAUGCUCGAGCCGCGGGCUCCGGAGUCGCGGUGA